UUCUGUUUUGGAAGCCAACCAACUAGCUUGUUAUCUCUGCACUCUGCACCCAUUUUCCUCUUAGGUUGCAUUCUCCCUUUUACUUUUAUUCUCCUCCUACUCUCACUCACGCUCCCAGAUUUGUCUACUUUCAUCAAAUUAGUCAGGCCAAGAAUUAGAAGAAAGGGGAAGAAGAAUGGCAUCCCUCAUACCGGGAGUACUUCUCAAACUUCUCCAAAGUAUGAAUUCCAACGUAAAAGUUGGCGGCGAACACCGCUCCUUCCUUCUGCAGGUGAUCAGCAUUGUCCCUGCCUUAUCAGGCUCGGAAUUGUGGCCAAACCAAGGUUUCUUCAUAAAAGUAUCUGACUCUUCUCAUUCUACCUACGUUUCUCUCUCAAAGGACGACAAUGAGCUUAUCUUGAACAAUCAGUUGCAGCUUGGACAAUUCUUUUAUGUGGAUAGAAUUGAAGCCGGUACUCCGGUCCCCAUUCUUGUCGGGGUUAGACCAGUUCCAGGCCGGCACAGUUUCGAAGGCAAACCCAAGGAUUUGAUGCAGAUGUUAGAAGUGUCAGAGCGUCCAGCGCAUCCUGAUAACAUUAGAGUUAAUGCCCCCAAAUCCCUGGACUUAGAUGCCAAAGAGAAUCCAAGUUCAAAGCACAAGAUAAUAAUUAAAGAGGAAAAAGCUGGUGUUGCAUCCAGGUACAUGCAGGGGGUACUAAAUCCAAACUCAAAGGUGAAUGUCCCAGAUAACAAUAACAAUAAUAAUGUCGAAAGCAAAGGAAAUUAUUUAGAGACUAGUACAGAUGGUAAGAAGGUUGGAUCCGCAAAAGGAAAGCAACAAGAGACUAAAGGUCAGUUACUGUCAAGGACUCCAACUCAACUUGAAGAACUUUCACCAAGGCAUGAUGUUGCUGAAUCUAACACUCAGGAGAAUGCUACAGCACCUUCCAAGCGCACUUCUACCAGAUGCAAUUUUAUUAAACAGGAAAAUAUGAACACGAAUCUUUUUCCCAGAAAUAAACAUAAAACUAAUAACAUUGAGGCUAUUCCAUGGUCCUCUUUGCCAGCCAAACUGUUUAGGCCUGGAAAGGGAAUUCUUAGAAGGAAACACCUGGCCUCUCAGGUUGUAGUGGAAGCUCAAAAAGAAGCAUCUGCAGCAGCAACGUUAAUCAAGUGUCUAAGUACUUUUGCCAAUAUCUGCUCUUCUGCAGCAGCAGAGAACCCCCACAUCAUAAUGAACAAGUUCUUUGCUCUCCAGCAGCUCGUGGACCAGCCGAACGGCACAACUAAGUCGAAAGAUAAAUCACUUCAGCUGUAUAAAAAUCCACCUCCUGCAGAAAAGGACGACAAACCUGGAAAAAAGACAGAUUUAGCAUAUGGUAAAAGCACAUCAAAGUCUUCAAAACCCUUAAUCGAAUUAACAGCUAGUGAGAAACAAGAAUGGGCCAAAGGGGAUAGCAUGAAAGAGAUAAAUGAUCUGAGAGAGGUGUUGUUGAAUGAAACAAGAUCAUGGUUUCUGAAGUACUUGGAAAAGACAUUGGACGCCGGGUUCUCUAUGGCCACCGAUCCCCAGGCGAAGGGCAAGGAGAGCAAGUAUAUUACAGGGAAGCAGAUGGAGUUGGCCAACCAUAUAGCUCUCACAUUAUCCCAUCUUAAGCAUGCAAACGAAUGGCUGGACAAACUUAGAAGCAGUUUAAGCUCAGAGAGCGAUGCGUUGGUGGAGACUGUUGACAGGUUGAAACAGAAAGUUUAUUCUUGUUUGCUUGUACAUGUUGACUCUGCUGCACUGGCUUUGGAGAACCGAGCAUGAUUGCUGUGCAUGAAAAUGUUUUACAAUAGUGCAGUGUAGUGCUAUUUAUUAUAUGUUAAAUUAUAAUGUGAUAUAUGUUGCUAAACUAAUAAGUGACUGAAUUGCCUAUUAAUGAGAGUACAAAAAAAGUCUAUUAGGCUGCUUUUGUUUUCCAGAACAGGACAAGACAAGACACAAAGGACAGGAUAAGACACUGAUGGACAAAGAAUUCAGUGUCUGGACACAUUUUCUCCCAAACACGAUCCUGUAAACAAUCUGUCUCUGUAAACAAACGCAGCCUUAAAGGAACUCGUUUUGUUCUUGUGCUAG